GCAAGAGUGGCUGACCCAGACCAUGACCACACUGGCUUCCUCACAGAGUAUGUUGCAACAAGAUGGUACAGAGCACCUGAAAUCAUGCUUAAUUCAAAGGGUUACAAUAAAUCAAUAGAUAUUUGGUCUGUGGGCUGUAUUUUGGCUGAAAUGUUGUCAAACAGACCUAUUUUCCCUGGUAAACAUUACCUGGAUCAGCUGAACCACAUCCUUGGAGUCUUGGGAUCACCAACACAGGAGGAUUUGGAGUGUAUCAUUAAUGAAAAGGCCAGAAAUUAUCUGCAGUCAUUACCAUUCAAGCCAAAAGUUCCUUGGUCUAAACUGUAUCCUAAUGCUGAUCCCAAGGCACUAGAUCUCUUGGACAAGAUGUUAACAUUCAACCCUCAUAAUCGCAUAGGGGUUGAAGAGGCACUGGCCCAUCCGUACUUGGAGCAGUACUAUGACCCAGCAGAUGAGCCUGUUGCUGAAGAGCCUUUCCGCUUCUCAAUGGAGUUAGAUGAUCUUCCCAAAGAGACUCUUAAGCAAUACAUCUUUGAUGAAACUGUGCUCUUCAAAACCCGACUUACACAGGAUCAGCAGCAAAAUUAGGAAUACUAUUGGGAGUCUGUUGCUUUUAGGGAAGCACUUCAGUGCUAUCACAUUGUGCUGUCACAUCACUCAGUGGUACAAAAUUUUGUAAUUAUGAACUGUGUCAAUACGUGAUGGACUUGAACAUUGUGCCAUAACAUUACGUUAUGUUUGUGAUUUAUACCAUGUGAUGUGACUUUUCGUAAUCUACAAGUAUAGUGAGAAAAACAUUGAAUAAAUAUUCCAAGAGAAUUCAUCAGGAGCCGUUUUGGUUAACAAUUGCCAGUAAAUGUUUUAUCAUUUAUUAGUAUUUUUAUUUGGCUGGUGUUUUAAAUUUCAGUGAAGCAUGCAUACAUUUCUUGUCAUUUGACCAAACUUAGUUUCACUCUGCAUUCCUGUAUUACCUUUGUAACUUAAGCAAUAGUAUUCUGAAGAGUAUGAAUUAAUUAACUCAAUAUUUGUAAAUAUCAGAAUUAAAGUGACACGGAUGUAACCGUUUGUUAAGAUUUCGUAAUAAUGUUCCUUUUCAACUUUCUUUUUAUUUUAUUUUAAUUCAAAUCCUAUAGGUGCAGAAAGUGGACUCCCUACGACUAUCCCCCGCGCCCCCUCACCUCUUUUUCCCCUCGAGGGGUGAGCUGUGGUGGGCAGGAGCCAUGGGAGGAACUGACCUUGGGUGGUACGUUAGGGUGCCUUAUGGUGCAGGAGAGAGUCCACUUUCCGCACCUAUGUAAAUCCACCAUCUUCCAAUGGGUGGGUAUUUUGAAUCCUUCCUGGAUUUUCUGGUUCUUUAUUUGUAAAUUAUUACUGUUAUUCAUGCUUGAUUAUGCCUAGGUAUCAUGGCGUAGAAAGCCAGGUACUGACACAAUACAAUGGGCUAUGAGCACCUUUGGUUGGCGUGGGGCAUUUAUACGCCACACUAUGCCACCUAGGCAUCACUGAAUGUGAAUGCAACUUUAUGCAGCAGUACUUUGAAGAUUGUAUCUUGCUGGUUGUAUCUCUGCUUUGGAGCAGUGGUAUGUUGCUCCUCCCAACACUCAACUGUUGAUUAUUUGCGGACUUCCUUUCAUUAAAAUGUGCAAUUCGUUAGUUUUGUUUUACUGAAUGUGAUAUAAGGACUGUCCCAUAUAAUUCCAUGUAUGUGACCAUCAUAAGUAACAUUCAGAAACUCUUAUUCCAAAAGCAUAGGAAUCUAGAGGUUUUGAAAAUUGUAAAAAUCUGUGUUGACUAGCUAGAAACAAGUUAAGGUAGUGUAAAGAGUUCAUUACACUCAGGCUUGCAGGCAUUUAUGUUAAGUCUUGAUAAGAGAGCAGUCAAGUGUGGUUUUCUUUUCCUUUCUUACUUGGGAUUCAGGCAACAAGCAUCUUUCUGAAUCUAUUUCAUCAAGAUGUCACACAUGUCAAGAUGGAUUAUGUUAUUGAUGUUAAUCAUUGCAUUGUUACAGUAGCAGUUAUGUAAGGUAAUAGUUUAUUUUUGGACAUGUAAAUCAUAGUUAUAUGAAUGAAAAUAUGAUCAGUACCAUUUAAGUGGGAAAGAAGUGGAGGCCAGAAGCUGAGAUUUCUUCAUGCCUGUUUUGAGGAAUUGGCACAACCUCAACACCGUCAACACCAUGCCAUGCCAAAUUGAGGUGAGACAAGAUUGGAGUGCUGCUCUUCUAUUAUGCCCUUUUUGGGAUUACAUUUCCUGCAUUCAUUACAUUACAAGACAUUUUAGAAAGGUUUUUUUUUCUUGGUUCUUAAUUUGUUCAAGCCGUGACUUGCGAUUCAGUCAAGAAAGACGAAAACCUUUGCGGACAUUUUUGCUGGGCUUCUUUGCUUGCUUUACAUUGUGGGGAAGUUAUUUGAUAAAUAUAUAUGUAAAAACACACUUUUGGUUUGGGUAAUGCUUCUUUCCUUAACUGGUGUGGAUUGAAAUAAAAUGAAAAAUAUUUUCAAGAUUUUACAGUUAAUGCAUUACAAAUGUUCUAUAAUUGUUACUACCGUGUAUUCAAUUUUACUCGUGCUCUGCUACCAGAGCUCAGGAUUGCAACGAGUGUCGGGUCUGAAUAAGACAUUUCUGUCCUUUAUUCGAGAUUAUACAUUUGUCUUUCUAUGUUUAUCUUAUGACUUUGUGAUUUAACUUUGUAUAUAGAAGUGAAUAACUCUUAAUGUUUGUAGUAUAAGAAACUUACCUAUAAAACACACUUGGAUCAUCAGAGAGAAUGUUUGCACAUUUAUUCUGACAUUGUGUACCUCACAUAAAAUUUGAAAAUAUUAAAUCGCAUACAUUUAAAUACUUCUUUGCCGGUUUUCAUGGUAUCAUUGUGUUUUUGCAGUCAUUUAUGCCCCUUCUAGACCAUGUGGUGGUGCAUGGUAAGAUUUUUCCUCAGUUCCAAAGAAGUAACUAUUACCAUAAUAUUUCAUAACAGUAACAGUAGACAAAAUUGUAAGUCCUUGUAUUUGUCCGCUAUUCCAAUUUUAUCUACCCUUUGGUAAUCUGAAUGUUAUUUUUUGGAAAUAUUUACAAUUGACUGAAACGCAGCCUUUACCUACCAUGGAACGAAAUUAAUAUGAACUUUCAUUAUGUUUACAAAGACAGUGUAAAAUGAACUUUUUAGAAAGAAUUAUGACUCUGGAAAAUUUUAAUGAACCAAAGUCUGUGCACCAACUUCGGAAGUCGGAUUCUACUUUGUUACAGUAGGAUGGAUUAUUGCUGAAGCAGAGUGUUUUAUUCAAUGUGAUGUAUCUUUUGAAUUCAAAUUUUGAAUGUGUUGUGGUAAUACAUAUCAUUAUAUCGGAUGACAGUAUUGUAGUUGCCAUAAUAUUGGCCUGUAGAAAAUUUUGCCUCGAACCUAUUCCUGUUUUGAAUCCAGGUCCUAAACAUUCAUGGUUCAUCCAUUUUGUGUGUCCUUGUUCAUAAUUUUCUAGAACUUCCUUGUCUUAAGACAUUCUGCUCUUCAAAGUAGUCACAUUACAUUCUUGUAUACAUCUGAAGUGGCCAACCUUGAUGCAUUUCUGUCCUUCCUAAAAAUCUUUUCUCAAGGGAAAAAUCUCCUUAUCUUUGACUGCAAAAACUCUUACUCUGAUGUGUUGUAUGUGGCCUAAUAGUAGUUUUGUUGAAUCCGGUAAUGAUGUUGGUGGAUAUGUAUUGUAUAAAACGGUAUCCCUAGAGUUGUUAUAUCAUCACCUUUAUAAGAGGAAUAACCAAUCUGUACUGUAAUUAUUGAUGUGAUUUUCGACCUUUGUAGUGAUUUUCAUUCCCUUGUAGUAAUAUUGUACUUGCUCUUAUCAAUGCAUUGUCCAGUUUUUAAGUAGAGCUUCUUCUCCUUUCACUGUGGGUUGUGGCAUGUUUUCAUACCUUUUUUUUUUAAAUGGGAUUUUGUUGUUGACUUUGUUACAAUUAUGCAAGGAUGCCUCCUUUCAAGACUGCAUUUUGAUUAUUUGUGAAAAAGGGAACCAUUUCUAAUACAACGAAGUAUUUUGAUAAGGCUUCAUCUACAGCAGUUAUUGUUCAUUUUUUAUUAGCUACUUUGUCUGUUAACCAAUAACUGUUUUGUGGACAACUUUUUUUUUUAAGGUGUGUCAAUUUUAAACUUGUGUAAUCUUUCAUCAAAUCAUGUUCAAAUCCAACAAAAUGCUAGCAGAAAUAUUUUUAAUUAUCCGCACAUUGCUUCAAAACCCUAAAAAAAGAGACAAAACAGAAAACAUAAAAAUCUGCUUUUCCUUGUUUAACUUUGCAAAUUUUGCCAGAAAUUUUUAUAUAUUUUGGUCUGCUUGUAUGCAAACAGUCACUGUUGUAUCUACAAAACAUUUUCUUCCAUCAUAUCUCUAUUACCUGUGGGAUUUUCUAGUCUGGAUGGGAGGACUUUACUCUUUCCCAAAUCAUUUUUGCUGCAAGGCACAACUUUUAGUUUGUGGUGUGUUAUUGGAAUAUUGGGGAUCCUCAUUUUUAGUCAAAUUUCUUCAUCUAAUAUUGCGGUUUCUUGCCUAUGGUGAAAAUUGUCUUUCAUCUUUUUACUCCUUUCCCUUCCUCCCUCCCUCUUCUCUGUGAGGGAACAAUAAUUCAGAGGAGUUCCAAUUUUUAUGUAUGGGGACCUAGGAGAUUGUAAACAUGCAUUGUCUAGCUAGGUGUGGUCAAGAUUUUAUGUAAUUAUUCUCUGUUCAUUGUUAAUAGUAAACAGUUAUUCUCUAGAAAUUUCUCUUCAAAUCACUUACUUCUCAUUGUAUAUGUAUAUGUAUAUUUAUAUAUAUGUAUACAAGAUAUAUUUGUAUAAUGUAUUGUCUUUUGAAGAGUUUUUCCUCUUGAGUGUUUUCAUACUCGGUGUAAGUAGAGCUUUCCCUUGCCAAGUGAUAUAUGGUUUGAUGAAAGUGAAAUAAAGCAAGCGAAAUCUUU